CAGAGUUACAUCCCAAAAUUCAAUCAUUCCUUUUUUCUUCAUCUUCGUGUGUCCCUUAUUCCCAUAUUGUUUUCUUCCUUGGCACCUCGAUCCGACCGGACGGCCUGUGCCCCGUCUUUUAUUCCGUUCUCAGAAACGCUCCGGUCCCCAAGGCAUGGGCACUUGCGGGCACCAGACCAACUAAAAGGAAGACCAGAUCUCCCGAAGCCAUAUUGGAUCGUCCAUUGAUCCCAUCCUCUUUCCAACGGGUUCUCAUGUGAACGGACGGCCUCACGAAACGCCCCGGCCUGCGCUUGGAAAAUCGAUAAACUCUAGAAGAAUUGCGGAGGAGCUCGUCAUUUGCUGUUUGCGAAGCCACCAUGAGUUCCAGCGGGGGAGAUGCGAAGCUGUUCGCCAGGGGAAAAGUCGCGGAGUUGCGACAAGAGCUCAACAGCGGCGGCAAGAAGGAUAAGAACCUUUCUGCGAAAAAAAUCGCCCUCAAGAAAAUUGUCGCCAACAUGACCAUGAGCAACAAUGAUAUGGUCGCCUUGUUCCCCGAUGUGAUCGGUUGUAUGAAUUUGCCCAGCUUGGAGAUAAAGAAGAUGUGCUUUCUGUUCCUCGUCAACUAUUCGAGAAUGAAACCCGAUGUUGCGUUGAAAGCGCUGCCAAUUCUAGUGGAUGAUAUGGAGGCCUCCAACCCGCUGGUGCGUGCCUUGGCUUUGCGGACCAUCUCUUAUGUUCAUGUUCGCGAGUUUGUCGAGGCUACGAUUCAACCCGUCAAACGCUUGAUGGGAGAUCAGGAUCCAUAUGUUCGCAAGACCUCAGCUUUCUGCGUUGCCAAGCUCUACGAACACGACAAGAAAAUGGUCGAGAGCUCCGACCUGAUCGACCGGCUCAACAGGAUGCUUAAGGAUGAGAACCCUACGGUCGUUUCCAGCGUUCUCGCCUCUUUGGUGGAUAUCUGGGGACGGAGUGAAUCCAUUUCUCUGACAAUCGACUACACAAGUGCCUCGAAAUUGGUCUCGAUUCUGCCAGAUUGCUCCGAGUGGGGUCAGACUUAUAUUCUCGAAGCACUUAUGUCAUAUCUUCCACAAGACUCGGCAGAAGCACUCUUGCUUGCAGAGCGAAUAGCACCCCGCCUGUCCCACUCUAAUUCUGCUGUCGUUCUGACCUCAAUUCGUGUCAUUCUCUAUCUUAUGAACUACAUUGCCGAUGAAAGACACAUCACUUCCUUAUCGAAAAAGCUGUCGCCACCGCUCGUCACUCUGUUAUCCAAGCCGCCAGAAGUUCAGUACCUAGCACUUCGCAACGCCAUUCUUAUUUUACAGAAAAGACCCGAGGUCCUACGGAACGACAUUAGGGUGUUUUUCUGUAACUACAACGACCCAAUUUAUGUCAAAGUGACCAAACUCGAAUUGAUAUUCAUGUUGACUACCGAAGAGAACAUCUCCAUUGUUCUGGCGGAGUUGCGAGAGUAUGCAACUGAAAUCGAUGUCCAUUUCGUUCGCAAGGCUGUUCGUGCCAUUGGAAAACUGGCAAUUAAGAUCGAGUCGGCCGCGCGACAAUGUAUCGACACCCUUCUGGAAUUGGUGGACGCCAAAAUCCCUUAUAUCGUGCAGGAGGCGACAGUGGUCAUUCGCAAUAUUUUCCGCAAAUAUCCCAACCAGUACGAAAAUAUCAUCGGUCACGUUAUCCAGAAUAUCGACGAGCUCGAUGAGCCAGAGGCAAAGGCCGCAGUUAUAUGGAUCAUUGGACAGUACGCAGACCGAAUCGAAAAUUCCGACGGACUUCUUCAGGACUAUUUGGCCACAUUCCACGACGAAGGCAUUGAAGUGCAGCUUGCUCUGCUUACGGCCACUGUGAAGUUUUUCAUCCAGCGACCCACAAAGGGCCAGCAGAUCGUGCCGCAGGUCUUGAAGUGGUGUACUGAAGAGACGGACGAUCCAGACCUUAGAGACCGAGGCUACAUGUACUGGCGUCUACUUUCAACUGACCCAACGGCGGCAAAGAACGUUGUCAUGGGCCAAAAGCCUCCGAUCAGUGCGGAAAGCGAGAAACUAGACUCUCGAACUCUUGAGGAACUUUGUCUAAACGUCGGUACGCUUGCAACCGUGUAUCUGAAGCCGGUCCAGCAAGUGUUCCGUGCCGCGCGCACCAGGCGACUACAGUAUAGCCCUGCCCUGCAGAAAAGCCGGGAGCAGAACGGAAAUAGCGUCUGGCAGACUGCACCUUCCCCAACAGAAACCACCACUGGCGCAGCCACAGUUUCCUCUCCCACAAACGGCUUUUCAUCCGGCACUGGUGACAUGAAUGCUGCGGUAGGCGCAGCGGACGCCUAUUUCAACGGCGUCGGUAGCCAGCAGAUGGCUGCCCUUGACCUAGGCGGUCGUGGGGAUGGGGGAGCCGGAGGCGGUGGUGUUUCGGAGACCCAGUAUGUUGUCAACCAGAACCAGCAGGGGGUGUACCAGCCCCAGCUGGCUGGAGGGGCAGCGACAGGCGAGUUAUUGUUGUUGUAAUGUAGUAUAGCCUUCUUUGAGAUUCUGUUUUAGACCUUUCAUUGUUGAUCAUAUUCUAGCGAUCUUGACUGCAGGGACUCGUGAUACCUAUUUUAUAAUACUGCAAUCAUCCAGAAAACCCUGUCCUUCAUCCAGGUAAUAUAGAGGUUUAAUGUGCAUUUUUAGAAUUCAUCACUACCUUUUUUAAUUAUGUCAGGUAAUAAUAGAAACAAGGAUUGAAUGUUAUCG